AUGACCGAUGAGUAUAACAUACCAUGCAAACGCCUCUUAGUAGAACGAAAUACGAUGGAUAAUUUAAAUGAAAUGAAGUGCUGCAAGGUCGAAGAUUUGAAAGAAGAUCGCGAAGCCAUACACGGUGACCUGAAGAUGAUUAGAGAUUGGUUGAAGAAACAACCUCAUCUAAAUGUCCGAGACGAUGAUGAAUCUCUCCUAAUAUUCUUGAGAAGCUCAAAGUAUAGCAUUCAGCGUACUAAAGAAAAGAUCGAGAACUACUACUCAAUGUACUCAUUACUGCCGGACCUUUUUAAUGACCGCGAUCCAUUCUCACCUGAGAUUCAAGCGCUAUUAAGUGUCGGUACUAUGGUUCCAUUACCAAAUCCCAUCGGCCACUGCGGACCCAGGAUUGUUCUCAUAGUGUACGACGAUUAUGAUCCCGAAGUUAUACCCUACACAGCUGUUAUAAAAUCAUGUCUAAUGAUUUUUGAUAUUUUGAUGAUUGAGGAUCUUAACACUGCGGUUUCCGGUGUGUACAUACUGUGUGAUUUGGGGAGGUGUCCAUUAAAAUACGUCCUACAAUUUUCUCCGACUUACGUAACUAAGCACGUCUACUGCAUGGAGACUGGAUAUCCUCUGCGACUCAAAGGUAUACAAGUGGAGAAUUGUCCAACAGCUUUAGAAGUUACAAUUGCCAUCGCCAAAGCUUGCUUGCGUGGUAAAAUACGCGAUCGGUUACACGUUUAUAGCGAUAAUAAGGAUUUGCAGAAGGUCAUUCCACUUGAGCUAAUGCCAAUAGAGUAUGGGGGAAAAAAUGGAUCAGUUCGCGAACUGGGACCUAUUUGGAAAAGCAAAGUCGAAUCCUAUAGCAACUGGUUUCGGGAUUGCGCUAAAUAUAAAACGAAUGAAGAUCUCCGCCCUGGAAAACCUAGAACCACCUGCAGUGAGCUUGGGAUUGAGGGAUCGUUUAGGAAAUUAGUUGUCGAUUGAUUUAAAAUUAUAGGAGUUACUAGAAAACUAUCUAUGUAGGGAAUUAUUAUUUUAAUGCACUAAAAAAACUAUUAAUAGUAUAUUAUAUACUGAGGGACUAAAGUGUGUGUUUUAAUCCCAAGGGUGCAGAUUGUUGCCCGAAACGUAGUUGAGGGCAACAAGCAACCAAGAGAUUAGGACGCACUUUAGUCCUGUGGUAUAUACGCUAUUUUUUGUACUCCGGUAAUCAGCUACGGCAAUUUCAAUGUUAAAGUGCAAAUUAGAAAGUAAAAAUUUGAUUGAUUGUAGGAAUGAUUGUUGUAUUUUAAGCGCCUAUGUAUCAAAUUUAAUUUAAAUGCUUCCAUAAAUAAAAAAGUUGGC